CCAUAUUGGUGUCUGUGUCGCGGGCCAAAGCGGACGCGUUUUUGUUCGUUCCUCGUUCGCUCGCGCGUUGUUAUCUCUUCUGUCGGUCGCGUUGCCGUCAUCAUCGAUGGUGGUGUUUUUCGUUUCGCUGUACUUUUCCGAUUCUUUUUGAUACAUUUCCCGUGUGCCGUGCUGCGUUUGAUCCGGACAGUUUGUGCCAACCAAACUUGUAGUAAAUCCCAGUGCGAGAACCUGCUGAAUAUUAUUUUGCGACCAACACGAACACCAAGUCUCGUUUCCAUUCUUUACGGUGGCCGUUCGGUUUUGUCGGAAAUCCGUAACCUGGUUGUGCAACAUUAUUGUGUGUUGUGUUGUACUUGCUUUUUUUUCUGUCUGGUGCAUUCAGAAUUGGAUUUCGGCUGGGACCGAUUUCGGAAAGUGUUGGCGUAAGUGGAGAGCCCUGUGGCCGCACCGUAGUGUUUUGAUUCCGUUCCAAAGGGAGCUGUCGUGGUGGGAAAGGGUAAAAUUGCAAUUGAAAGAAGAAAACACGACAUGUCAAUGUAGCAGCUUUUAUCAACAGUUAUGAGACCACAUUGAGUGACCAAAAAAAAGGAAAAUAAAAAUAAGCCACUGGCCAUAAACCAGACGACCAGCAUCAGGUGUCGAUAUUGUUUUGUCGAGUGUAAGCGUUCUCAGAAGUAAGCUAUUACAACUUGAAAACCAUCAUCUGCUGCAUCGAGACCAGCUCGUCGGAAUAAGAUAAUCGAAAAGCUCUUCAAAUGGAGGCCGAUAAAUUUUGCUGAACACACCUAACCGAGAUUAAGAAAGCCCCAUUGCUAAAAUCUGGUCUAACGUCAGCUAAUCUCAGGGUCAAGGAAUGACCCUCGCCGCGAUGGCCGGACUAGCGACGUCGGAGAUCUGCGAGAACACCAAACUGGCCCGGGAGAUGGCCGUCAUGGGCAAUUACGAUUCCGCUGGGAUCUACUACGAGGGUGUGUUGCAGAUGUUGCGAAAACUUCUGGUCGGCAUCUCGGAACCGAUCCGCAAGGGCAAAUGGACACUGAUUCAACAGGAGAUCAACAAGGAAUACAAUCAGAUGAAGUUGAUUCAGAAAACGUUAGCAGAGAUUACCAUGGACCUUCAGAAUGCACCACUACAGGCCAGAAUUCGUACUCCGCUGCACGAAACUGCUAGCAAAGAUCCAGCCGCUUGGUUCCGAGCUGAUCCGGACGUUUGGACUCCCCCGCAUCCGAAUCGGGACCCAGAUGUAUGGGGACCUCCACCAGAUCAUAAUGUUCCUCCGGGUAGAACGCUAGCUUCCCGUAAUCAGACCCGUUCUGGAACAGCACUGAAUCGAAAGGCGGAAGUCAAUCGCAAGAAUGCUGUGACGAAAUCGGCCACAUCGUCGGCCAUUUCCGGUCGCAAAACAAUUUCAAACACAGGCGGUCGCGCAGUUAAUGGCAAAUCCGGAGGUGGAACCCUCCCGAGAAAUAAGGCCAAAGCUGGAUCAGCGGCUACAGCAGCCGAUGCUGGAAGUGACGGCAGCAAAGGCGAAAAAAGUGAUAAAGAGAAGAAUGACGAUGAUAAGGAAGAUCAGGAAGAGCAGGAACCGGAGCGUAAGUUCGAACCUGCCAGCCAUUCCGAUGUGGAUCUAGUCGAUAUGCUCGAACGUGAUAUUCUACAGAAGAAUCCCAACAUCCACUGGGACGACAUUGCCGAUCUGCACGAAGCCAAACGACUGCUGGAGGAGGCAGUGGUUCUACCGAUGUGGAUGCCUGACUACUUCAAAGGCAUCCGACGACCUUGGAAGGGUGUGCUCAUGGUUGGCCCUCCUGGAACCGGAAAAACCAUGCUGGCAAAGGCCGUUGCCACCGAAUGUGGAACCACUUUCUUCAACGUAUCAUCAUCAACACUGACUUCCAAAUACAGAGGAGAAUCGGAGAAGCUGGUCCGACUACUGUUCGAAAUGGCCCGCUUCUAUGCACCUAGUACCAUUUUUAUCGACGAGAUUGACUCUCUCUGCUCGCGCCGUGGUUCGGAAUCGGAACACGAAGCCUCCCGACGUGUAAAAUCCGAACUGCUAGUACAAAUGGAUGGCGUCUCCAAUGACGAAGCCACCAAAAUCGUGAUGGUCCUAGCGGCCACCAACUUCCCCUGGGACAUCGACGAAGCCCUGCGACGACGGUUAGAAAAACGAAUCUACAUCCCGCUACCCAACAGAGAAGGUCGCGAGGCACUGCUCAAAAUCAACCUCCGUGAAGUAAAAGUCGACGAAUCCGUUGAACUCCAACAUAUCGCUAGCCGCCUCGAUGGCUAUUCGGGUGCGGACAUCACCAACGUGUGCCGCGACGCCAGCAUGAUGUCGAUGCGAAGAAAAAUUGCUGGCCUUAAACCCGAACAAAUCCGACAACUUGCCAAGGAGGAGCUGGAUCUUCCCGUAUCCAAUCAAGACUUUACCGAGGCAAUUGCCAAGUGCAACAAGAGUGUCUCCAAGGACGAUCUCAUCAAGUACCAACAGUGGAUGAAGGAGUUCGGUUCGUCGUGAUGCUGCUUCUGCAAACAACAGCCGACCGGAAUCGUAUCGUGUGCAAUAGUCAUCUCAUCUCUCUGCUGAUUUUUUUCCCUCCGUCGCCAGCCAUCAUCGAGUCUCAAACUCGAAUGCUUUCGUUUUAUUCUAUUCGUCGUUUUAGUUUAUUUUUUAUUCCUCCGUUUUUGGAACAGUACUUUUGCCCAAAAUUUGUAUUUAGAGCUACGCGUCGUCGUCUUUAUUUUGAAACUGUAUCCAACAGAGGUCGUUGACUCAAACUACCUUGAAUUGCAUGUUUUAUUCGUUUCUAUAUUUUUUUAAUCUAACUUCUUCUUUUACUACUGGCAAAUGCCGUCAUCAUCAAGUAGAAAAAGUUACAAUAAAUCAUACACAUUAUAAUUUAACAAGCAACAGAAGAUUCAUAGUGAGAAAGUGAGAAAAGAUCAACUUCAAAUCAAUUUAUGAAUGAUACGCUUUUUGUCGCUCUACACACCUUAAAUCCGAAGCAUGACUGAACCACACACAACAACAAAAAGUACCCCGUACAAAGGGUGUACUUUUCAAAUCAAAUAAAUAAAAAAUGAUCCUUUGAGAUAUUUACCUACUAAUUAAGAAUGAUAUCCAACUGGAAACGGUUCGAAGAAAACAUCUAUCGCGAAAAUCAAAUGUGUGCGAACGCUGAUGUUUAUUCGAAACACUAACUAAACCAUUAAUCGGUUAGAAAUAUAAAGCUUAUAAGAUUAAGGAUUAAUUUUAUUAAUAAAUUUUUUAAAAUAG